AUUUAUUAGCUGGCAAUGCCUCUACGUCACUGUGGUUACUACACGUAAAACUGCAGCUAGGGAUAAGGAACAUCGUGCACCCACUGGCAUUACGCCGCUUUCUUACAGCCAGGGACUUUACUGGGGCUCUUGUAGGAGCCAGACAUACAGUUAUAUGUCAGGUUCAGUUUAUGUGUAUGGGGUUUGUCUGUAUCACGUGUCAGUGGGUGAAGUGCACAGGAGCUGCCAACUGACUUGUUUCUGUAGAAUUAUAUGCACCAUGAUGAACUCCUCACAAGGCACAGUAGGCAGUGAUCCUGUCAUCCUUGCCACAGCCGGAUAUGACCACACUGUGCGCUUCUGGCAAGCUCACAGCGGCAUCUGUACUCGCACUGUUCAGCACCAAGACUCUCAAGUAAAUGCGCUUGAGGUAACCCCAGAUCGAAGCAUGAUCGCGGCUGCAGGCUAUCAGCACAUCCGUAUGUACGAUCUAAAUUCCAACAACCCCAACCCUGUUAUUAAUUAUGAUGGCGUAAGCAAAAACAUCACCUCCGUGGGAUUUCAUGAGGAUGGGCGCUGGAUGUAUACAGGCGGUGAGGACUGCAUGGCUAGGAUAUGGGAUCUCAGGUCCCGAAACCUCCAAUGUCAGAGGAUCUUCCAGGUGAAUGCUCCGAUCAAUUGCGUCUUUCUACAUCCUAAUCAGGCAGAGCUGAUUGUUGGUGACCAAAGUGGAGCAAUUCACAUCUGGGAUUUGAAAACUGAUCAGAACGAGCAGCUUAUUCCAGAGGCUGAUGCGUCUGUUAAUUCUGUCCAUAUCGACCCUGAUGCCAGCUACAUGGCGGCUGUUAACAGCUCGGGGAACUGCUUUGUGUGGAACCUGACAGGGGGCCUUGGAGAUGACUUAACUCAACUCAUCCCCAAAACCAAAAUACCAUCUCAUAAACGCUGCGCUCUGAAAUGUAAAUUCAGCCCGGAUUCCACGCUACUGGCCACAUGCUCUGCUGAUCAGACCUGCAAGAUCUGGAGAACUUCCAACUUCUCUCUGAUGACAGAACUGAGUAUUAAGAGCAAUAACCCGGGAGAGACAUCUCGGGGCUGGAUGUGGGACUGCGCAUUUUCUGGUGACUCUCAGUACAUUGUCACAGCAUCCUCGGAUAACCUGGCGCGGCUCUGGUGUGUUGAGACUGGCGAGAUUAAACGGGAGUACAGCGGGCAUCAGAAGGCAGUGGUGUGCCUGGCUUUUAAUGAUAGUGUAUUGGGGUAAUUAUGCCUACUUGGGCAUCACAGAACUUUUAUUGGACCCAAGGUCAAAAUGAUUGUACCAUUGAAGGUGCUUGCACAACAUCUGGUUACCAGAAAAGCGAGCUCUGCAGUUGGACAUGGCUUGUGAUGGCACAUCUUUAUUACCAGAUAAUUUAACAGUGAAUCCAUUUUAUGGCCAUUGGGAGGGCCUUCCUUAUAAUCCAGACGUGGAAGAGAAAAAUGUGAAUACAACACAGUUAUAGAUGCCACUGCAGUUCUUUACAACAAAGUUGUUUAUUGUAUGCUGCAGGGGCACCUUUGUACUCGUUAACAUAUAUUCAAAUUGUGUAAAUAAAACGGGUGAUUUGACCAUUU